UUUGCUUCGGCAACAAGACCCUUUAUAAAGAGCAGACUUUCUAUUUCAUUCCUCACUGAGGCUCAGUGACUUUAGGAGCUCAAGUCUCUGAGAAGGCACUUUCAGGUGGGACAGAAAGAACAAUUGGAGGGAUCAGUCUUUUCUCAUCACAGCAGCAACUUAAAAUGCCUAGGAAGAUAAGCAUGAUCUUUGGAGCUUCAAGUAUGCUUUGGAUGCUGUUUGCAGUUUCUCAAGCUUUUAAAAUCGAGAUUUCUCCUGAAUACAAAAUUGUUGCUCAGAUUGGUACCCCCAUUUCACUGACUUGCAGCACAACAGAGUGCGAGUCUCCAUCUUUCUCUUGGAGAACACAGAUAGAUAGUCCACUAAAUGGAAAGGUGAGAAAUGAAGGGAGCAAGUCCACACUAACCAUGGAUCCUGUCAGCUUUGAGAAUGAACACUCUUACUUGUGCACAGCAACAUGCGAAUCUAAGAAAAUGGAAAAAGGAAUUCAAGUGGAAAUCUAUUCUUUCCCUAAGGAUCCAGAGAUCUAUUUGAGUGACUCUGUGGAGGUCGGAAAGCCAGUCACUGUCACAUGUUCGGUUCCUGAUGUUUACCCAUUUGACAGGCUGGAGAUAAGUUUACUGAAGGGCAACCAAAACCUGAAGACACAGGAAUUUCUAGAGGAAAUGCAAACAAAGUCUCUGGAAACCAAGAGCUUGGAAGUAACCUUUAUUCCUAUCAAUGAAGAUAUUGGAAAAGAUCUUGUUUGCCAAGCUAAGUUACACAUUGAGGAAAUUGAUUUUGAACCCAAGGAAAGAGAGACUACCAAAAAACUGCAAGUUUACAUUUCACCACAAAACACGGUUAUAUCUGUUAGUCCUUCCAAACGUCUACAAGAAGGUGGUUCUGUGACAAUGACAUGCUCCAGUGAAGGUCUACCGGAUCCACAAAUUUUCUGGAGUAGAAAAUUGGAUGAUGGGAAUAUUCAACGCCUCUCUGGGAAUGCAACUCUCACUUUAAUUGCUAUGAGGAUGGAAGAUUCUGGAAUUUAUGUGUGUGAAGGAGUUAAUCUGGUUGGAAAACAGAGAGAAGAGGUGGAACUUAUUGUUAAAGAGAAACCCUUUACUGUUGAGGUCUUCCCUGGACCUCAGAUUUCUGCUCAGAUCGGCGACUCUGUCGUGUUGACAUGUGCUAUCACAGGCUGCGAGUCUCCGUCUUUCUCUUGGAGAACCCAGAUUGACAGUCCUCUGAGUGGGAAGGUGAGAAGUGAGGGGACCAAGUCCACACUGACCCUGAACUCAGUGAGUUUUGAGAAUGAACAUUCUUACCUGUGCACCGUGACAUGUGGGCGUAAGAAACUGGAAAAGGGAAUCCAGGUGGAGCUCUACUCAUUUCCUAGAGACCCAGAAAUUGAGAUGAGUGAUCCAUUGGUAGAUGGAAAUCAAGCUACUGUAAACUGCAGCGUUCCCAAUGUGUACCCUGCUGACCGGCUAGAGAUUAAAUUAUUGAAGGAGGGGAGUAUUAUGAAGAACAAAAUCUUUUUGGAGGAUGUAGGAAAAAAAUCCCUGGAGAGCAAGAGUUUGGAAAUAACCUUCAUUCCCUCCACUGAAGAUACUGGAAAAGUUCUUGUUUGUCAGGCUGAGCUACAUAUUGAUGAAAUGGAAUUUGAGCUCAAACAAAGGCAGAGUACACAAACCCUUCAUGUUAAUGUUUCUCCCAGGGAUACAAGAAUCCUGGUCAGCCCCUCCAACAUAUUAGAGGAAGGCAGUUCUGUCAAUAUGACAUGUUCUAGUGAUGGCCUUCCAGCUCCAAAAAUCGUUUGGAGCAGGAAGUUAAACAAUGGGAAUCUACAGCCUCUUUCUGAGAAUACGACUCUUACCUUAACUUCUACAAAAACAGAAGAUUCUGGUACUUAUGUGUGUGAAGGAGUUAACUUGGCUGGAAGAAAUAGAAAGGAAGUUGAAUUAAUUAUCCAAGAUACUCCAAAAGACAUACAACUUACAGCUUUUCCUUCUGAGAGUGUCAAGGAAGGAGAAACUGUCAUUAUCUCCUGUACUUGUGGAAAUGCUCCCAAAACUUGGAUAAUCCUGAAGAAAAAGGCAGAGACAGGAGACACAGUGCUAAAGUCUACAGAUGGUGCUUAUACCAUCCACAAGGCCCAGUUAGAGGAUGCAGGAGUAUAUGAAUGUGAAUCUAAAAAUGAGGUUGGCUUGCAAUUAAGAAGUCUAACACUUGAUGUUAAAGGAAAGGGAAAUAAGGACUAUUUUUCUCCUGAGCUUCUCGUGCUCUACUGCAUAUCCUCUUUAAUAAUACCUGGCAUUGGAAUGAUCAUUUACUUCGCAAGGAAAGCCAACAUGAAAGGAUCCUACAGUCUCGUAGAAGCUCAGAAAUCAAAAGUGUAACUAACUAAUGUUUGAAAUAUUCAACCAGAGAGACUACUUCUCAGCCCAAAUUUUUAGUACUGUUCAUCAUCUCAUGAGAUAAAGAAGCUGAGAGUCUGGACUUAUUUGAAUGUAAUGAACUAUUUGGGAAGGGAGUGGAUAGGAGAAGAUAAUGGCUGCCUGUUCUUGCUGUGAGCAAGAAGCCAAAGGAAAACUUUCUACUUAAAAAAUAGGCACUAUCAUUGAGAUGUGGUGACUAGAAUAAUUCCUUGAUGUGUACAUAAAAUAACAAGAUCUGUAUAUAUGUAAAAUAAAAUUAUGCCAGAGCAAGAUUUCUUGUAAUAGCAGCACUUUCUAGUACACAGUAAUUAGAGUGUUGCUUAGACAGGUUGUUAAAAAGAAAUGCAUCUUGGGAAAAUUUAACUUUAAUAUUGACCGGCAGCUGACUUAUCUCAUAUUUUAAUUUAAGUUUUAUUUUCUUAACAAGAUAGUGUUCUUUAGAGCUCACUGCCAACAAUUUUAUGUUUUGUAAAAAUACCAAUGUUUUAUAUUUGUAUGUGCAAACGGUGAAGCAGAGGGCACCGAAUUAGUGUUCAGGUACUAAGCACACCAACUGUAAUGUCUAACUAGAUUUCCAUGGAUGGUACUAAUAUGGUACGGAGAUGUUUGACGAUGUUUGUUGUUUGUUCAUUGACUCUAUGUAACUUUCCUAACAUGGUCUAAAAAAUGCAGCUUCCUUUGAAUUUUCUUUUGUAAAUGUUUAGAAUUUUUUUAUAGUAAAAUAGUAACUUCUGGAAUUGCAAAUUUUUCCCUACUAUUAUAAAUUGUCUCCUUUAAUCAUGCUUCUACUUUUUAUGAAGUGGUAAGUGCUAAACAUGAAAAGCUCAUCCUCAUAGCAAUAAUAAAACAGAGCAGAUUCUCAAACUAUAGUUCUCAAAGUUUCUUGGAGUUAUCAUUGGGACUCAAUGAAUCUUCUGAUGUCUGGGUGCCCAUCCUAAUCAAUAAAUUACUGGAGGUGAUAAUAGUAAAGGCCUAUCACUUUACAUACUAAGGAGCUUCAGUUUUCUUAUAUAUAAAACAAAGAGUUUUUACUGGUAAAUUUGAGGGCCCCUUCCAACUAUCAAGCACAACAUUUCUUUCUUUCUCUCUCUCUCGCUCUCUCUUUUUUUUUUAUUCAUUUGGAUAAAGACAGGAAGAAAUUGAGAGGGAAAGGAGAAAGACAAAGAAAUAUCCACAGCACUGCUCUACCACUCACGAAAUAUACCUCCUUCAGGUGGGGACUAUGGGCUUGAACCCUGGUCUUUGUGCAUGGUAACAUGUGUGCUUGAUGUGUGUAACAUGUGUGCACCACCACCCACCUCCAAGCUCAUUUCUAUGAAAUAAUUUACAUGUGUGUCAUGGGUAAUUUAUUUAUCCUUUUUUUUCAGGAGCUCUCUUACUUUUUAAGCCUUUCUUAAGUGAUGUUUAUAGGUUUUGAGGGAAAAAUAUCAAGCACUUACGUGCAAUAAAAUAGUGGAGUUAGAGUGAGGCAAGUAGGUUGGACAGGCACAGGAACUUUGAUGGAGCUUGCAGUGAAUUGUACACACAAACACACACACACACACAGAUAGGUAUGAAAUUAUACUCCUAAAAUUUUAUAAUUAUGUAAAACAAUGUUAAAUCAGUAAUACAUUAAUUAAUCCUAAUGUUAAGAAGUAGUUUUUGCAAGACUUUCAUAAUAGAUGUUUUCUUCUACAAAGAGAAAGGAAACAUUCAUAAUGUCUUUUGAAAUGCCUGAAAUUUAUAUUUUCAUAAAAAUGUUAGUGAAAAUUUUGCAUUCCCCUAAAAAAUGUGUGCAGUGGCUCUUCAGGCUGUGUUACUGUUGAAGAAUAAGGCUUCUUUCUAAAGCAGGGGGUGGGGACCAUCUUAUCCAAGGGCUGUAUAUGGUCUGUGAAAACAUCUGGUCUGGCCCUGCCAAGGCAACUGCCAGUAGGAUUCAAAAUUCAAUAAACCUGGGAAUUUUUUCCAGAGUAACAUUAUGUGUUAAUUUUUAAGUUGAUAAUUUUGUACGAUCUUCAAAUGAUGUUAUGAAUAUUCAAAUGGCUUUUAAAAGAAAAAAACUCCCCCAUCCUUGCUGUAAAGAGACUACUCUCUUGGACUUGCUCAAGAAGAAUAGAAUGAAUUGGGAAAAUAAAAUAAAAUACCUGGUGUUUUUUAUUA